CAAGGUUCAGCAGCAUAUACACAACCCCGCCUCUCACAAUGCCUCAAGCUCAGCCCGAGCUUAAGAAGUACCUCGACAAGAGGCUCUUCGUCCAGCUCAAUGGAAGCCGAAAAGUUAUCGGAGUUCUUCGCGGAUACGAUGUGUUCUUGAAUAUCGUGCUCGACGACGCAGUUGAGGAGAAGGAGGGCGGAGAGAAGGUCAGAAUAGGGAUGGUGGUUAUUCGUGGCAACUCGGUCGUCAUGCUGGAGGCGCUGGAGAGGAUAGGCGGCGAUCGUCAGGACCGCGGAUGAGCAUGCGGUAGGGCUGGUUGGGAUAAUAUGCAAUUUGCUACGGAGGUGCGGCGUGAGCGGUGUCAAAAGGUUCGCACUGGACCUACACAUACGGUGGGGUUGGACAGUGACGCAUUGGGCGGAGGCGUAAAGGCUGUUAUAAGCUUAUAGGCAACAACAUACGAAUACCAUGGGAAGACAUCGCGCCCACCUGC